AUAUUCGCAGAGACGCGGAGAACAGAAUGAUGGGAAUCGCAAUUACAAGAUGCUGAAAUUGCGAAAGCCCCUGUUGUUGUGGUCCGAGGAACCAUCAUGCCAGCCUCCCAAGCUUUGAUGGGGCUGGGAACGAGACUAUUGGGCGCGGCAAAAACAGCCAUUGCCGGAAACUUGGAAUGUUGGCCAUCUAGGAUGCUUGGGGCAUUUGACAGUUGUGACGUCUGGAUUAUUGUUUGUUGGACAUCGGACCCGCUGCUGCUCUACGCAAAUCAGUAUUCAGCAGGCGUGUACAGAGAUUCAGCACUCUUUGCUGUAGUUGCAGUAUCAAAUAAAGCUACCACUUGAGAGAUGUACUCCAAGACGGAUUAUCAAGAUUGGUCUGCUUUCCGCAACCAUCAUAGUUGACU